CAGUGUAAGUUUUCUGAAGGAAGUCUUAUCUCACCCUCAUAGGGAGAUGAUGUUCCAUUAUAACUACUUGUAUGAAAAAUACAUAUAGUUUUUUUUCACCUGUUCGACAAAGCAAUAGACAAACGCCGUACAAUACAAUAUUUAAAUCUUUCAAAUAUUAUUCCAACAUCAGUCAUAAGGGGUAAAACAAAAACAAGAAAGAACUGACCGAAUAUUCGUCCACACUCCUCCUUCUUAAAUAAAAAAAGUAAUUAACUUCAUUUGCCACAUACGUGGUAGUUUAUUUAACCUAACAUUUAAGAAGAUAAAUCUAGUCUGUCGAGAUUAACCCCAGACCGAAGCUAAGCCCGUAUAAAAUUAAACAUAAUCCAAAUCAUUUUAGGAACGUUAUCUCGUGUUGUUAAAAUAAAAGGGUGUGAUGCACUGACUGAAAUGUCCACUUGAUGGCGAUAAAGUUGCACACUGUAUUGGCCCUGAGCAGUGUCUCCCACAGCACGGGCUUUCCCUCGACUCCCGUCAAUAUUUUCUGCAGGUAGAUCGUAGGAGUAAUUAACGUUUUGAUAAAUAAGAUAAAUUUAAAUUUUAUUUUUUAAUUAGGUCCAUUUUCAUUUACUUCGACAGUCGGUAAAUGUCAAGUUUACUGAACAGAACAUCGAAGACGAUAUCGUGAAUGCAAACCAAACUUCCGCAGGUUCCAGUGAUAUUGCUCCGCCCACGACAUGACGUCACAGAUCAGUGCCGCUGCCGCCUCCAGUGGAAAAAAAAUCUCAGCGUUUCUAUUCAUCGCGUCGCUGCUGCUUCACGCUGAGCUCAUUAUUUUCCACCUCAGCAUUUUGACACAGCAUCAGCCAAGAGUUUAGGGCAACGAGCUUAAACUUAAACACGAGUUUGAAAACAUGACGCGAACUGGAAAAGUAAUAACUGCGUUCGUAGCAGCAUCUGCACUUUUACUCUGCCUUCACUCAGUCAGAGGUGAUUACUGUGAAGUCAACUUUUGCCAAAAUGGAGGGACAUGUGUGACUGGUGUUGGGGAGGAUCCGUUCAUCUGCAUCUGUGUGGACGGCUUUGGUGGAGACACCUGUAACCUGACAGACACAGGGCCCUGCAGCCCCAACCCCUGUAAGAAUGACGGCUUGUGUGAGGUCAUAACUCCGACCAGACGAGGAGACGUUUUUAGCGAGUACAUCUGCAAGUGUCAGUCCAGUUUUGAGGGAGUGCACUGUCAAAUCAACGUGAAUGACUGUGCCCACCAGCCCUGUAGAAAUAAUGGGAUUUGCAGAGAUCUGGACGGAGACUUCACCUGUCAGUGUCCUUCACCGUAUGUUGGGAAAAAGUGCCAAACACGGUGUACUUCUCUGCUCGGGAUGGAAGGAGGCGCAAUCAUGGAAUCCCAGAUUUCAGCUUCCUCAGUGCACUUUGGCAUUCUGGGUCUCCAACGCUGGGGCCCAGAGCUGGCUCGACUCAACAACCAGGGCAUGGUCAACGCCUGGACUUCAGCUACACACGACAGGACCCCCUGGAUAGAGAUCAACUUGCAGAAUAAAAUGCGUCUGACCGGCAUCAUCACCCAGGGCGCCAGUCGCAUGGGGUCGUCUGAGUGUGUCCGGGCCUUUAAGGUGGCGAGCAGCAUUGACGGAAGAACUUACACCACCUAUAGAACCGAUGGUCAAAGACAUGACAAGAUUUUUGUGGGCAACACGGAUAACGACAGCACCAAGACCAACCGCUUUGACCCGUCAAUUGUGGCCCAGUACAUUCGCAUCCUCCCCGUUGUUUGUCGUCGGGCUUGUACACUGCGCAUGGAACUGGUGGGCUGCGACCUUAACGUUUAUUCAAACACGACAGGUUGCUCCGACGCUCUGGGGAUGAAGUCUCGUCUCAUCUCAGAUGGCCAGAUCUCUGCCACCAGUUCUUUCCGCACGUGGGGCAUCGAUGCCUUCACCUGGCAUCCACGGCUUGCCCGAUUGGACAAGCAGGGGAAGACGAAUGCCUGGUCUCCCGCACACAACAACCGUUCAGAGUGGAUCGAGGUUGACCUGGAUAGGACAACGCGCCUCACAGGCAUCAUCACUCAGGGCGCAAAGGAUUUCGGCGUGGUGAUGUUCGUGUCCAUGUUUAAAGUUGGCUACAGCAACGAUGGGGAGACGUGGAACACGGUGAAGGACGAGGACACCGGCAAAGAUAAGCUCUUUCAGGGAAACAUUGACAACAACUCUCAUAAGAAGAACUUGUUCGAGCCUCCGUUCUAUGCCCGUUUUGUUCGAGUCCUGCCCUGGGAGUGGCACGAGCGCAUCGCUCUCCGCAUGGAGCUUCUGGGCUGCGACGACUAGAACCGCUGCGGUACAUCUUCCCGCUGCUGCGCCUGUGCAGACCAGAGCCUCAGUAGAGUCACCUCCACCUGUAUUUCAUGGAGGUUGUGUUGAACAGGACUUUCACACUUUUUGGCACUUUUUCACUAGAGAUUUCUUUUUAAUGUUUUGAUAGUGUAGUUUUUAAAAGUUUCAUUGGACAAAGAGUUAGAGAGUGUUCUAGGUUUUAGUUGUUUUUUAUGUGAGAGCUGAUCUUUUCACAUGGUUGUGCACAUUAUAGUUUAAAUGGACCACAGUCAGACACCAGGUUCAACAGUCACGCACGGAAGAUGUGGCAUCACAUGCUGCGUUUACAGAGGUAAAUACAGAUGACCCUGUUGACAGUGUGUGUACAGUGUCACUCUGAAGCACAAUCACUUCCUGUUAAUGUCUGUUAACAGCUGCUGAUCGUGUCUGUUGUUAAAAUUGUUCUAACACAACAACAAAAAAUUCGAUUGAUGACUUUUACGUGUGAUGAUAAAACGUGUCUGCCUGUAUGGACACAUGCAGUAGUCGUGUGCUCCUCGAAGGGAACCCAUUCAUAUUGCGCAGCAUAUGCGUUUAUAUUUUGAGCACAGUUAGAGAUUUACAUUUGUAACGUCCUUGGGGUCAUUUUGACCCUAAAUGAAAUUUCUUUUUGCUACAUUCUAACCAGGUCUACUGGACCUUUAUACUGUGUUUUUUUAAAUAACAAACUAAACCAAAUGUGUUGGCAUUCUGGGGGCCGGUGGCACAGAUAAAGAGACCGACUGUAAUGACACUCUUCUGCACCUCAUUAAAGGAUCUUUCUUGUUUUUUUCUUUUCCUGUCGCCUGGGGUCUAACGCUCAUUAGAACCUCGAGACCUGUUGUUUAUUUACGUCUACAGCAACAUAAAAUACUGAGACAAAAUGUCCUCGGUUUCUGCAAUCAGCUACACCUCCACUUCCUUCUAAGGGUUUUGUAGACUUUAAGGUUUCAUAAAGGGCUCUUCAGACCCACUGUUUCCUCAUAACACAUAUGUUGUGUAUGUAUUAUGGUCAUUACUGCUGCGGGGUGUCAAAGGAAAUGCACAAAAUGGAAUUGCAGGAGGCAAAAAAGUUGGGUAUUUUUCCUUUAGCCUGUGGAUCCCACUCUUUCAUGCUAAUAUUUCAUUUAAUGUUAAUGACCAGAUACCAUUUCAUGGAUCAGAGUUCAGGGUCUGUGCAAUAAAUUCCAUAGGAUGGCGUCCUAAAAAUAAAUGUCUGUUAUGAAUAUUUUUACAUGUUGUUUAUGUAGUAAUGACCUUGCAAAUGUUCUGACAAACAGCCUCUUUGAAUUGAGAAACAUAAUUUCAUUUUUUUAUUAUUAUUAUUUACUUGUUUGAAAGAAAAUGUAAAAUAUUUAGAAAUAAAAACAUCUCAAUUACACGAUUUUAAACUUGAAUAAGAAUUGUGUAAUAAAUAAUGUUGGUGAUUU